CUCCCUCGGAGAGGCAGAAGCAGUCUCAGGGGUAGACAGAACGCCGGAGAGACCGCAUCCCUGGUGGAUGUGACAGCUCCUCUUUUCCCAGCUGUUUCCUCCCCCUCAGCCAAUCCCCACUCCGUCUGUUUGUGAGUCUCAUCCCUCCUCCCCCGCCCUGGGCUGCUGGUCCCUGAGCAUCCCUGAGAGAGAGAAAAAGAGAGAAAGAGACAGAUCGAAAGAGAGAGAGAGGGGGAGGAGAGAGAGAGAGAGGAGAGAGACAGGGCUGCGUCUGCUCGUCACGUCCGGAGACAUCCCAAUAUGAUCCUCCGGCUCCCAGUUCCGAGACCCCAGUGACGGGGUGCCACCUCCGUACAUCCCUCCCUCUCUCUCCUCCUCUCCCCUCUUUUUUUCCCUUCUCUUCCCCCUCUCUAUCCUUUUUCCUUUCCUCUGCCCCCUUCCUCCAUUCUCUCAUCAUUCCCUGUAACCCUUCUACCUUAUCCCUCUCCAUCUAUCUCCCCCCCCCCCUUGCCCUCCCCCACCCCCCCCCCCCCAGGAUCGUCUGUCUAGAGCACCCCAACCCUCAUCUCUGUACACCCCCUCGGAAUCCCAUUCAUCCCAUACAGCAUGGGCUGCAUAGGAUCUCACAGUGCAGGCAGCGAUGGGGCGGCACUGGACUGGAAAGGGUUAAAGGACGCGGACCAAGGGACCAUCGAGAACAGUUCGGUUCUGGGAAGCAGCACCCACAGACCAUCUAACGAGGCCCAAAGCUUUUGUGGAGCAGUACUUUUCCUGCCAAAAAGUGCAACCAAAAGCAAAAAGCAGACCCGAACAGACUUUUCCUGGGAUGGAAUCAAUCUAUCGAUGGAAGACACAACAUCGAUCCUUCCUCGGUUGAAGAGAAACUCUAAUGCUUACGGAAUUGGUGCUCUUGCCAAAUCUUCUGUCAAAGGUGUCUCUCGAACGAUGAAGGAUCACGUCACCAAGCCCACGGCUCUUGGCUCAGGACGAGUUGCUCACAUGUUAGAAUGGCAGAGCUGGGGUCAACCGCCACCUCCGAACAAUGAUAGUGUCAGAUUUGAUAGUGACGCCUAUUCUGACUUGAGCGACGGAGAAAAGGAGGCGCGGUUCCUAGCUGGUGUCAUGCAGCAAUUUGCUAUCUCUGAGGCAACGCUAAUGGCCUGGUCAUCGAUGGAUGGAGAAGAGGAGAGCGUGAAUUCUAACCAGGAAAGGCAAAGUGAAACUUACCAGGAGCUACUGGAAAACCAGGAUAACCUUGCACAGGCACAUUCGGAAUGUUGGCCACACUCUUACGUGUCCCAAGGACUUUACUGCCUCGGCUCCUCGGAGGCGUGGGCUAGCAGCGAGCAGUCUCUCACAGUGUCCCCGGCGCCCCCAGGAGGAGUCGGCAUCACAAACCCCGGACCUGAGCUGGAAGAGAGACCGUAUGAGAAUAUCUGUGAGAUUGCCCCUCAGUUGCUGCUCUCUAAAAUAUCCCCCUUAGAAGAAGAUGACGUCGUGUGUCACGAUCUGCAGUCCCUGUCUCCACCUCGGGAGGAAUUUGACAGCCCCCCACACAGCCGGAAGGUGUCAGAUGUGGCAACGUCUGGGGUGCAGUCUGGCGAGGAGGAGGAUGAACGGGAAAUGGAGAACUAAGGGGGAACCGGAGGAUGGAGAAAUGCUAGAGGAUUAGGCCAAUGUGUCGCUGUACAAUGUGAACUGGGGGUCAUUUAUCAAACUCUUCCAUGCAACAAACUUUUUUUCAAAUAUUUUUUUAAAAAAUAGGGAAAAACAUUACAGCCCUCUGCAAAAAAAUAAUAAUAAUCAUGAAAGUGCUUACAAAAUAUUUUUCUUUGCUGAACCCAAUUUUAAAGAAACACUCUUUAAAUGUAAAAUAUACAAGACAAGCCUACAAUCUCUUAAAAUGUACCCCUUUCUGUGAAAAGAUUAAGGUGUCUGCAUGCUGCUAACUGACGGGUACUUGUGUUGUGACAUUUUAAGUUACUGCUACGUCCACUCUUCCUAACUACCAUGUCAUAGCUGACCGGGUCUGAACCAGGGGAGAAAACGCAACUACUAUGAUGCAAUGCGAGAGUUCCUGUUUUGCCCUUGCAAGGACUGUGCUUUAAUCAAUAGUAUUUACUGAAGGGUGCAUGCACCCAUAGGAGCCCAUAUGUAAAUCAUUGAAAUUGGAUUUUACAAAAACUGUGAACUCACAUUGAACAUUUUAAAGACGUUUAUUUGCCUUCAAAUUUCUUUUCACGCUAUUUCACUUUACUAAGUUUGAAAUGUAAAAAAGGUAACAAUUCCAGAGAAAUUUAAGAAGAUAAUCCUUACGGUAAUUUUACUUAAUUUUAUUAAAUACAUUUUUCAAUACGAUCCUUUUAAUUAGUGGACAUUUUGGUGACAUGGCAUCAACUGACUAUAUUGGUUAUUUUAAAAGCAUUCAAUAUUUUACUUAAUGAUACGUGUUUCAUCCAAAUGGCAUAUCACGUAGAAGUGGUCCUUCAUUAGAAACAGUUAAUUAAUAUGAAAGUUACCAAAAACUACAAAUUAUUUCUUGUUAUGAAUCAAUUUUUUCUAAUUUUUUUCUCAUCAGUUUUGAAUACAAAAUAUACAUUUUUGAUUGGAAAAACUCAAUUUUCCAAAUGCGUUAUUGCUUAGUGAAUUGUUGACAUUCUGUUUACAUAUGGCAUAGCUGUGGUCCUUCAUUGGCAACAAUUGACUAUUAUGACAAUUACCGCAAACUAAAAAAAUAACUUCUUAGGAACCUGUUGUUUUAUAAUAUAAAAUAUCAUUUUUUAUUGAAAAAACCCAGUUUACCAAAUUUUCCAACCGAGUUAAUGUUUAGUGAAUUGGCACCAUUCUAUUUUCAUAUGGCAUAGCUGUGGUCCAUCACUGACAACAAUUAGGUAUAAAAAAAUGACCGCAAACUAUACAUUUUCCUCCAAAUUUUCUUUGAAUCUGUAUUUUUUCUCAUUUUUUUCUCAUCAAUUGUAAAUACUGGUAAUAAAAUUUAUAAUUUUUGAUUGAAACCAAACUUUCCAAAUGCGUUAUUGUUUAGUGAAUUGGUGCCAUUCUGUUUUUAUUUUUGGUCCCCGGUAGACUUAAUAGCUCCCCAAUGUUACCCCCAAUCUCUACUUCCCUCUGGUUGGCCUUAUCGGGUGCGUUCCUCCCUUUCUGUGAAAUAUUUUACAUGUAAGCAUGCACUUUAAAAUCUCUGAGAGGGCUUGUCAACUUGUUUGUACUCCAUAAUAUGAAUUUGAUUGUAUAUUUUCUUCAUAGAGAUCAUAAAAGAGGCAAAAGCAAGAUAACAGCACCAUACCAAUCAAAGGAAAAACUCCAACUGCUUUCAACGGGAUCCCUUUUCUCUCUUGAUGCUGUUAUGUUGCUCCACUGUUUGGAAGCAUCCCAUGAUAGGACAUGGUGGAAUCCUUCCACAGAAGAAAUUUUCUAUGUAAAAAAAUAUUGAAUUGAAGGACAAGGAUAGCAUAUGGAUAAAGCCUCUUUUCAUAACUACCAUUGAUACGUUUUUUUAGAGAUAACUUCAAAACUUUCCAAAAAAAAAAUCAGUCUACGAAUGUUUUACUCUUUUUUUUUUAUGUCUGUGAAGUUGAUUUGAUAAAUGACCCCCGUCCACCCACCCCCAAAGUGUGAGAAAAAUGGCGUCAAGAGUAGGACCAUUACCAUCUUCAAUGCCAAACGGAUCCAAGUCUGCCUGUCUGUCCUGCCACCAAUGCCGAAAAGUCUUCCCCUGUCCUAGGAGAGAAGUAACUACCACCAUUCAUCUCCCUGGCAUCUGUAAGAAGAAUCCAUGACACUAAGCUCCAAUCUUGCCCUCUCUCUGGGUCUUGCAAUGUUGACCAGAGACAGGCUCGGUGUCGGAAGCACAGACUGCUCCAUUUGUGUGGGAGGUCUCGCAUGCCUUAAAGUGAUCUCCCUAAAAUCUCCCAACUAUCAUUUGCCAAACUCCCCAUCCCACCCUCAAGCCUCCCCAAAAAAAGAAAAAAAACUUUAAUCUGCAUUCCUGCCAAAGACCACAGAGCAUCAUCCUUCAUUAACUUGUUGCCUGCCAAAGGUCUAAUGGGCAUUGUGCUUCAUCCGCUUACCAACUGUUCCCCAUCUCAUACGAUUGCAGGGCAUUUAAACAACGCAGUUUUUUUUGUUUUGUUUUUUGUUUUUGUUUUUUUAUAAAUACAAUUCAUUCUCAUGA